AACAAACGAAAAUCAUAAUAUCAUAUCCCCCCAUUACUGCUCCCCAAUCCCCAUGCCCUGAAGUGCAGUGCAAGCCACCAUACCACCACCUCUGUCAAGCAAACAAACAAACAAACAAAAAACAUCAGCCAAUUAAAGCUUCACCAUCAAUGGCGUAAAGCAACACCAACGCAAAAGUCCUUGCGUGCCCGAAACCGUUGAAACAAAUUGUAAGAAAAACAAUCUACAACCCAAGAUUGUGAAUACUAUAUUGUUCUGUUCUUUCUGAACACAGGUCAGGUCCAAAGAGACAAAGAGUCCAAGUCUGCCCGGUUGUUUGGUUCUUCCAUAUUAUGUUUGGUAACCGUGGAUCAGGAAGUAAACCUGGGAAAGCCCGGAGAGUUCCUGUUGGUGGGUAUUUUCGAUUGCAUCCAUGAGAUCACUGCGGCACUCGCUUUCGCUAGGAUGAGCGAUUCUUCAGCUUAUAGAGUUGAAACGACGUCUCGUCUCGCCCAAUGGCGGAUCGACAACUUGGCUUCCUGCACCUACCGCAAGUCCGAUCCUUUCAAAAUCGGAAAGUGGAACUGGCAUUUAUCCUUGGAAAAGAAUCGCUUGUUGUUUGUUAAGUUAUACCCGGAGAUAUCGAACCUAACAAGAGACAAUCCCCCAAUCGCGUCUUUCAUAAUUCGAGUGGUCAGUUCUGCGGGAGAUCGCAAGGCAUUGACUCAUCCAGAGAUAACUGACAGGCGGCUCAAGAACAACGAAGAUUUUGUUUGGGCAAUAGAGGUUCCAUUAACUGGGAAAUUUAUCAUCGACGUCGAAUUCCUUGAUUUGAAGAUUACAUCUCCAGACGGUGGAGAACCCUGCUCGAUCUGGGCCAACGGAUUCACACGGACACAAUCAAAUGCAACAGCUCUUGCAUCGCUUGGCCGAAUGUUGACAGAAAGCAUCCACACGGAUAUUAUAAUUAAUGCCUCUGAUGGAAGCAUUGGAGCCCAUCGUGCUGUUCUUGCUGCACGAUCACCUGUUUUCCGCAGCAUGUUUUCUCACAACUUGAAGGAGAAAGAAAUGUCUACCAUAGAUAUCUCUGACAUGUCAAUCGAAGCUUGCCAGGCUUUUCUCAAUUACAUUUAUGGGAACAUUCAACAUGAAGAUUUCUUUACCCACCGGCUGGCACUUCUUCGUGCAGCUGAUAAAUACGACAUUUCUGACUUAAAAGAGGCUUGCCAUGAGAGUCUUCUAGAAGACAUUGAUGCAAAAAAUGUACUCGAGAGGCUCCAGAAUGCAUCUCUAUAUCAAUUGCCAAAAUUGAAGACUGGCUGCAUGCGCUAUCUUGUGAAGUUCGGUAAGAUAUUUGACAUACGAGAUGAUUUCAACACCUUCCUGCAAUGCGCAGAUCGGGACCUGAUAGGGGAAAUCUUCCAUGAAGUUCUCGGUGCCUGGAAAGGUUUCUGAAACCCUGCCAGUCUGCCUGUGAAAGACACAGGGGAAGAAAAGGUGUGCCAUGAAAGUGGGUUUGUUAGAAAAAUUGGUGUGCAGAACCUGCUGUCAUGAAGAUAAUUCUUUUGUCCAAAUGGAAUUGGUUUAUGUGUUAUUGUAGAUAUAAAUAUUGGUUUUCAUGACGGGGGAACACAUUCUUGUACACAUAUUUGAAAAAUGAAAUGCAAUUUCAGAUUUGAGAA